GCAAUGAAUGGAGAAAACAUACAACUCUCUGGCCUGGUCUUGCUCACCAUGCUGGUAGCUCCAGUCUAUACUGGGAACAUUCUGGUCUUCCCUGUGGAUGGCAGCCAUUGGAUCAACAUGAAAAUCUUGAUUGAGGCUCUUCAUGCCAAAGGUCACAAUAUUACAGUCCUCCGAGCUUCAGACAGCUGGUACAUUGAGGAAACGUCCCCGUUGUAUACGGCCAUCACUUUAGGAAGCUCAGCAGUGUUUGAGAAAGAAUUAAUGCAGAAUAUUGUAGAGAGUUUCUUGAAAAUUAUCAGGGAGGGUUCCAUGUGGGCGCGUCUGAAACUCGAGAAGGAGAUGUGGGAGAGAUCAUUUGAAUUUAUGGACAAAGAGAGAAGGAUGGUGAACAGCAUCGUUGAAGAUCAGAAACUAAUGCAGUCCCUUAGAGACGCCAAAUAUGACGUGUUUAUUACCGACCCUGCUUUAAUGAGUGGUGUCAUCGUAGGGUAUUAUCUCAAACUGCCCAUUAUCUUUAAUGUUCGAUGGGCCCUACAUUAUGAAGGCCAUUUUGCCAUCGCUCCCUCACCGCUGUCUUAUGUACCACUGCCAAUGUUAGAGCUGUCAGACCGCAUGAGCUUCUCUGAGAGAGUAAAAAAUAUUGUCAUGUACAUUGUAAUGGAAUUACAGAUUAAGUAUUUUACGGCUCCAACAUACAAUGAACUGUGUAAGCAGCUAUUAGGCCCAGAUGUAAAUUACUUUGAAUUAUUUCAAAGAGCAGACCUUUGGCUGUUCAGAGUUGAUUUUAUCUUUGAAUUUCCACGCCCUACCAUGCCUAAUGCUGUCUAUAUGGGUGGUUUCCACUGCAAACCAUCCAAAGCUCUUCCACAGCAUCUUGAGGACUUUGUGCAGAGCUCUGGUGAACACGGUGUCAUCGUCAUGUCUCUGGGAACUUUUGUUGAACAGCUUCCUCAUGAUGUAGCUGAUUCAAUAGCGGAGGCUUUUGCAGAACUUCCACAAAAAGUUAUUUGGAGAUACAAAGGAGAAAGACCUUCAACAGUGGGGAACAAUACCUUAAUAAUGGACUGGAUACCCCAGAAUGAUCUCCUUGGCCACUCUAAGACCAGGGUGUUUGUAGCUCAUGGUGGAACCAAUGGCAUUCAGGAAGCUAUCUAUCAUGGAGUUCCUAUCGUUGGUUUUGGACUCGUCUGGGACCAGCCUGACAAUCUCGCAAAAAUGAGAGUGAAGGGAGUUGCAAAAAAUGUCAACUUUGCCACUGUGGACAAAGAAUCCUUUCUUCUGACAGUGAAAGAAGUGCUCCAUAACCCUUCAUACCGGGAAAACAUGCAAAGACUCUCCAGACUCCACAGAGACGUGCCGAUCAAACCAUUAGACAAUGCUGUCUUCUGGAUCGAGUACAUCAUUAGACAUGGAGGUGCAGCUCAUCUACGAACGGAAGCGUAUAAAAUGCCCUGGUAUUCUUACCACUCUGUAGAUGUUGUACUGUUUCUGCUGUUUCUUCUGUCAUUUAUUGGCUUCACUACAUUUGUGAUCAUUAGACACGUCUGCUGUAGACUGUGUGUCAAGAAACAAAGCACUAAAUAAGGAUAGAUGUAAAUUUAUAAAAUGUAAAUUUCCAUUAGAUUGUAUGUUAAAUUUUGCCCCAUUUUCUUUUAAUUUAUUGUAA